AUGGUAUUUGGUGCUGAUGUAUUCCAUCCUGGCAGAGAGGAUAAGAAAGGUCGCCCAUCUGUGGCUGCUGUUUGUGCUUCAAUGGAUGCCACAACGACUACAUAUGUUUCUCGUUAUCGUAUGAAUAAAACAUUAAGAAAUGAAAUAAUAGAGACGAUUGACGAUAUGGCCGUAGAAUUACUUGAAGAAUUCAAAAGAAGAAAUGGUGCUCUUCCUGAUCAAAUUAUAUUCUAUCGUGAUGGUGUCGCAGAAGGCCAAUUCGAAAAAGUUAUGAAUGAAGAAGUUGAAUUGCUAAAACGGGCAUUCGUAAAGUUUUAUUCUUCAAAGCCUCCUCCAAAGCUUACAUUUAUUAUUGUACAAAAACGUCACCAUGCUCGGUUUAUGCCCGUUGAUCCUAAAAAUUCUGGUCCUAAUGGAAGCGGAAAUUGUCUCCCAGGAACUGUAGUUGAUUCCGGAAUUGUGGUACCUCAAUACUUUAGUUUUUAUUUACAAUCACAUGCCAGCCCGCUUGGUACUGCUAGGUCAACGUACUAUCAUGUGAUAUUGAACGAAGGUGAUUUUUCUGCUGAUGAGAUGUAUGAAUUGACGUAUAAGUUAUGCUUUUUGUCUGUUAGAUGUAAUCUAUCUAUUUCUCAUGUCACUCCGGUACAUUAUGCUCACCAUAUCGCAAAUCAAGCAAAACACUUUGUUACAUUUGAUGAAAUUGUAGAUGAUUUUGGUGGUCGUGGAGGUAGAGGCGGUAGAGGUCGUGGGGGUCGUGGAGGCCGUGGCGCCCGUGGAGGUCGUGGUGCCCGUGGAGGUCGUGGUGGCCGUGGUGGUGGAAGAGGUGGUGGUCCUCUCGAACCAGGAGAACGUCCAACAGUUCUAAACGGAGAUUGGCAACGUGUAAAACCUACUAUUGAAAAUACUAUGUAUUUUGUAUAA